GUGAGAGAGUGAAAAGGAGAGGCAGAGUUAUCAGAAUCGGUUUGACGAUCCGAACCAGCGCUCGUGUUCAUCAAAGUGGGCGGAGCGAGUCAGUUCAGUGACUCGGCUCACUUCAAAGACUCAUUCAUAAAGAUCCGAGCAGUUAUAACUGCACAUCAUUGAGUCUCUGAACUCCGGCGCACAGAUGAGGAUUCAGAAGGAGGAAAAUUCAUCCGUUUCUUCUGAAUCACCGAACAAAUAACCUGGAAAUUAAGUGAGUGGUGUGUUUGAUCCCGGUGGAUCUCAGUGCCUGGAUACAAACAGCACAUUACCAGGACAGCAUCCUACAUAUACAAUGGUGAGCUGUGAUUGGCUGAGCUUCCAGCCAGGGCUUCCCCAGACUGUGUUACAAUGAGAUGAUGACCGUGAAUGUUGUACAUCCUCCCGAGCACAUACACACACAUCACGCCUCCCUGCCGCGCACAAAGCAGGAAGUAACAUGAACUGCCAGCGUCGGCAGAAGCAAGAAGCGAAUGUGUCCAACUCUGGUGAAGGUUUGAACCUGGAGGCCACUGACUGACUGAGAUCUGAACGAGAAAACUGAAGACAAACACAAACCACAGCUUCCCUUUUAAGGCGUCCUGCUUAUCCUCAGCCUUUUUAUCAGUUAAAACCCAUUUUAAGUGCCUUUCGCUUUUUUCCCCUUGUGUUUACGUUCAGUAUCUACCCUCAUUUCUCCACUAUUUCUUCUCCAACUGUGCCAGUUUUAAGUUUACAUUUCAAACUAUAUCACACCCUUUUUGUUGUCGGACCUCAUCUGUAACUGCAGAAUGUUCUAGAUAGUCUUAUCAUCAGAUUUCGUGUCCAACAUGUGCAUGCCUUCCUGUUGGAGAAACUCUUCAGCCUGCCAUCAUCAUCAGGGAUGAAACCUCCGUAGACUAAAAACACAGUAAAAUUUGUGUUUUUUUUUAUUUAGAUUUUUUAUUUUCACUCCAUCGUAUUCUCACUCCCGCCCUCGCCAUGCUCUCCUUUCACUCCAAAUGGCGAUAUUUGGUUAUGCUGCUGGGCGUCCAGCUCGUGGUCAUGGCUCUCCUAUCCAGGGAUGGCUACCACAAGAGGGUGACCUACUUUUUCCGGAUUUUCCGAAAAAUGGAGAUUUCCGGGUCGGCUGCUGGUCACGGGCGGAAUCACACGGGUGUGGACGUCUAUGCUAACCUGUCCUACCUGGUCAACGUCCACAGCAAGGACGACAUACCCUACUGCCCAAAAAAAUCGCCACUAAUAGGUGGACCAAUCCACGUUAGCUUCCGCUCUGGACUCACGCUUGCACAGAUCGAGCGGAAGAAUCCACUGGUGGUCCGCGGGGGGCGCUACAGGCCGCCGGACUGCGAUGCACGGCACCGCACUGCUAUAAUCAUCCCCCACAGGAGCAGAGAACACCACCUAAAGUUCCUCCUCUACUACCUGCACCCGUUUCUACAGCGGCAGCAGCUGAACUACGGCAUCUACAUCAUACAUCAGGCGGGGAACUACACGUUUAACCGCGCUAAGCUGAUGAACGUGGGUUUUCGGGAGGCCAUGCGGGAGGAGGACUGGGACUGCCUGUUCUUCCACGAUGUCGACCUGAUCCCCGAGGACGACCGGAACACCUACACCUGCGACCAAACUCCCAAACACGCCGCCAUCGCCAUGGACAAGUUCGGAUACAAGCUGCCCUACAAGAUGUAUUUUGGAGGCGUUUCGGCGCUGACCCCUCUGCAUUACCUCAAGAUGAACGGCUUCCCCAACAACUACUGGGGCUGGGGGGGCGAGGAUGACGACAUCGGGAUCCGAGUCUCUUUGGCAGGAAUGACUAUCACUCGUCCGUCUCUGAAGGUCGGCCGUUAUAAGAUGAUCAAACACAAGCACGAUCAGGGCAACGAAGUCAACCCCAAAAGGUUUAACAUGCUGGCGAAGACGAGGCAGACGUGGAAGUUGGAUGGGAUGAACUCUGUGGAGUACGAGGUGGUCUCUCGGGAGUAUCUCCCCCUGUACACAAACAUCACCGUCAACAUCGGCACCGAGGCAGGACUGCACCCCCCCACGAAGAAACCACAGAAACAACUUAAACCAGAGAAACAACAGAAAGAGCAGAAUCCACCAACGGACGACUUGGAGGACCCUGAAGAGGAGCUGACAGACUUUCAGUCCCAGCAAUGACAGACAGUGCCUGCAUCAACAACCCUCUCCAAACCCGCCCCGCCCCCCACCACUGACUACGCCCAUCUUCUCAUAUACACAUUUACACACACACAGAACUGGGGGGGUCCGGGGGGGGUCAGUCCUUCAGUGCCCUCCUUUAACCAGUUUUGAAUGCUGGUGCUAUACAUGGUCUCUCUCUCUCUCUCU